AUGGCGUCGGUGUGUAACGUGCGCUGCGCCGUGCGCGCGCUCCUACGCCACGCGCGCCGCGUGCCUUCGACGCCCUCGACGCGCGUUCUCUCCUCGGCACCUCGCGCGUCCGCCGCCGCCGCCGCUGGAUUUAACGGGUUCACGCGCGCGUCCAACCCGACCGUCGGCACCCACCGCGGUCGACCUCCCCGAACGCAAACGGCACUCGCAUCCACGCUGAACCCCGAGGGCACCAUCGACGCGAACCUGGGCGGCGGGAGCGUGGACCAGGUUCGCAUCACCCGCGUCGACGGAUCUAACGUCGGCGAGCUGUCGGACGUCCUCCUCUCCCUCGGCGCCACCUGCUGCAGCGUCGAGGACGCCGACCUGGGCACCGAACGCGAGACGGAGCUGUACGCGGGGGACGAUAAGGUGUGGCACAUGUGCGACGUCACCGCCAUGUUCCCCUCGGGAUGCGACAUCGACGCGGUCAUGGCCGACGCGGUGGACAUCCUGGGCGUUAAAUCCAUCGAGUACGUAGUGGAGACGAUACCGGACAACGACUGGGUUAACGUGGUGAUGGACUCGUUCGUCCCGAUCAAGGUGGGCGACGGACUGUGGAUCGUCCCGGAGUGGGCCAAGACGCUUCCGGAAGGCGAGGAAGGCGCCCUUUCCGUCGUCUUAGAGCCCGGGCUGGCUUUCGGCACCGGCGAGCAUCCCACGACCCGCCUGUGCCUCGGCUGGCUCAGGGACAACGCGGAGACGUGCGUCAAAGGGAAGCACGUCGUGGACUUUGGGACCGGGUCCGGGGUGCUCGCCAUCGGCGCGCUGCUCAUGGGGGCGGCCAAGGCGACGGGCGUGGACGUCGACCCGCUGAGCGUGAAAUCGGCUCGAAGAAACGCUCAGCUCAACGGGAUCGGCGACGAGCGUUUGGCGCUCUUUUGCGCGGACGGGUCGGACGGAUCGGACUUGCCCCAAGACUGCGACGACGCGGUGGACUGCGUGGUGGCCAACAUCCUGGUCGGGCCGGUGACGCAGCUGGCGCCGCUCUUCGCCAGGUACGCGAAGAGGGGCGUCGGGAGGGUGUGCGUGUCCGGCGUUCUCGCGACGCAGGUGCCGACGGUGCGCGAGGCGUACGGGAAAUGGUUUGACGAUUUGACGUACACGGAGGAGGGCGGGUGGGCGGUGGUGAGCGGCGUCAGGAACUCGACGCCGGCGCCUUGA